CUCCUCCCCUUUUCCCCUCAUCAUUAUCUUCUUCUUCUUCUGCUUCUUUGUUCUUCUCCUACUAUCCAACUCUCCGAAAGCUCUCGCUACUCUUCCUCAGUGAAGGAGCAAAAUGCUCUCAUCCAAAUCCAAAUCCUCCGGUUUAGCUGAAGCUUUGAAUCAGAAAACCCCACCUACAGCUUCAAAAGUUAGCAAAUUAAACAGGGCAGGGUCCACCAAAUCAGUCCGCGAAUCACCUUCGCAGCAGCAGCAGCAAAAUGCCCGCAUCCCGCUCGACAAAUUACCGGCAUCGGCCGAUUCCAAGAGUGCCGGCCCCAUGAACCCUAAACCCAGGAUUACACCCCGGAUCAGCACCCCUCCUGAUAAACAGUCGCGACCUUUGAAGCCGUCGGAGCUGCAGGCGCAGCUAAAUGCAGUUCAGGACGAUCUAAAGAAGGCGAAGGAGCGGACGGCAGCAAUCGAGAAGGAGAAGAUCCGAGUUCUUGAGGAUUUAAAGAAUGCGAUAAAAAUCGCUGAUGAGGCGAAUGAAAAGCUUGAGCAGGCUCUUGCAGCUCAAAAGGAAGCUGAGGAGGCAGCCGAGAUUGAAAAAUUCCACGCUGUCGAAUUAGAGACUGCCGGCAUUGAGGUCGCCAAGAGAAAGGAAGAGGAGUGGUCGCGUAAGCUAGAAACCACCCAAAAGCAGCUUUCCGCAGAAACUGAAGCACUUUCCUCGAGGACUAAAGAGCUCGAAAUAGCGAAAGAUGAGCUCGCAAAGAUCAUUGCUGACAAAAACUCUGCAACUAGUCGCGCAGAUGAAGUAUCAAAGAUCGCAGAGGCGAAUGCGAAGAAGGCGGAGGCCCUUGCAGGGGAAGUUAGCCAUUUGAAAUCAUUGCUCCGAUCCGAGCUAGAGAAGAAAUCAAAGGAGGCAGCAGAAAUUAUAAAAAAGCUGGAGUCCGAAACUACAGUUCUAAAAGCUGAGAUCAAAAAAGCAAAGGCCAGCGAGGAGAAGUUGAUCGUGUUGGAAAAAUCGGUCCAAGGACUUAAGAUUGAAGUGGAGAAUGCAAAGAAGGCUGAAUCCGAGAUGCACCGCUUGGUGGAUGAGUGGAAGACGAAAGCUCAGCUGUUGGAAGUCAAGUUCGGGGAAGCCGACCGAUCAAACAAAUCCAAGGAGGAUACGCUCGCUGAUAUGGUGAAGAAGCUAGAGUACAGCAGCGCUCAUUUGCAAGAUAAGGAAUCCGAGAUUUCGAAUCUGAGAGACAAAAUUGAAAUUUUGGAUCGAGAGGUGGUUAGGUACAAAGAGGAGGUCGAUGAAUCUACUCGGCUUCUUGAUGAAGCCAAGAAAGAAGUUCAUGAGUUCAGGACGACAGUUGAAGAUCUUCAGUUGAAGCUUCAAAUGUUAGAGGAUGCGAAAAAUGAAGCUGUUAAUAAUGCAACGAAAGCAAGUUUGAAAUUUGAAAACCUCGAGGAGGACAGGAAGAAGCUCUUGGAGGAGAUGGAUAAACAAAAGGCAGAGUUUAGUGAAUCAAGUCAGCUUCUUGAAGAAGCGCGCAAAGAAGCGGCUGAACUGGGGAUGACUAUUGAAGCCCUUAAUUCGAAGAUUCAUACCUUGGAGGAGGCAAAGGAGGAGGCUAUUAAUAAUGAGAAGAUAACGAGUUCGAAAGUCGGGAGUCUUCUAGAAGAGAAGGACAAGCUUCUCAGGGAGCUGGAGACCAAUAAAGAGGAAGGAGAGAAAGCCAAGAAAGCAAUGGAGGAUUUAGCUUCUGCUUUGCAUGAAGUGACUUCUCAAGUGAGAGAAGCACAAGACGAGGUGGCAGCGAAACAAACACAGUUUGAGCUUGCCCAAUCUCAGGUUAAAGAAUUGGAAUCAGAGCUCAAGAACACUAAAGAAAAGUAUGAGGUGAUGCUUGACGAAGUGAAUUAUGAGGCUGUUUGCCUGCGCAAAACUAUUGAGAAGCUGGAAGAAGAAGCCAAAAUCUCAAAGAACGAGAGGCACUCGAGAGAGCUCGAUCUCGCAAGUGCAGUGAAAAAAUCCGAGGAAGAAGUUGGUGCCAUCAAGUUAGAAAUGGAGAAGCUAUUAGAGGUAAUAAAAGGCAAAGACCGAGAAAUUCAGGCUGCUAAGGAAGAUGGAGUUCAAUUGCAGAAUAAGCUGAAGCAAGUCGAAUCUACGAUAACCGAAGCUAACUUAACUGCAGAAGAGGCAAAGACCGAGUGCUUACGGUUAAACGAGAGGUUGCUGGACAAAGAGAAUGAGCUGAAGAGUAUAACUCAUGAGAAUGAUGAAAUGCAGUCGAGAGAAGCUGCCGCUUUAGCAAAAAUCGACAAGCUCUCUAUGUUGCUCGCAGAGGCUACGGCCAAAAAAGCUGAGGAAAAUGGCUCAGUAAAUAGCACUGAGAAGUCCAGCACUGAAAAAGACAACACUGAAAAGCCAAGCUCACUGCAGAAGCUGAUGUGCUCUCCAACGGAGCAAGUGGUCGGGAGAGAAGCCGAAAGGCCAACAGAGAAGGUUGAGGAAUGCCACAAGGAAGACAACAAGAAUCUGGAAGCGGAGAAUGGGAAAGGAAAAGCCGAAGAGGACGAACCCAUAGUAGCGGUGACGGAGAGCAGCAAGAUCGCAGAGAAUCACUUGGCCAAAGAGAGGGAGCACGACGCUGAAUCCUCAGACGAGGAACAAGAGUCGAACGUCGACGACAGCAUUUUCAAUCACGCAGACGGAUUGAAUCCAGAGGAUGUGGAAAACGGAUCGACUUCUCCUCUCAAUCACCAGAAUCCGCAGAAGAAGAAGAAGCCUUUGCUGAAGAAAUUCGGGAGCAUACUGAAGAAGAGAGGUCACUUCAAGUAGAUCAAUUAGGUGCUUGUCAUCAUUCUGUUUCUAUGAAUGUUAUGCUUUGAACAUUGUUGUUUGAUGUUUCUGCUUCUUCUUGAUGUUCCCAGCGGUCAAGAACAUUUAGUCAACGUUGUAUCUAAAAUGUAACUUCGAUUUAUUUUCCUUCCUUUGUAAUAGUGCAUUUGCGGGGUUAUCGUCUUUAUUGAUUAUUGAGCUAUACUAUAUUCA